CUAUAUCGAUUCCACAUAAGCGAGCUGGAAUUGCGCUCAAUCUUAUUAGACUCUAAGUAAAGUUUGAAGUUCUUUAGUACGUUUUAGUAUGUCUUGCACCCUGCAGGGCUAACGUUUUGUCAAGAGAGGAAGCUUCCUUGAUUAGCAUAAUUGCCUUGCUUACAAUCAUGCAACCAGCACUAUUUAUUUAUUUAAACGCUAAAUUGAAGGCCUGAAAUCUCCAGUUAUGUACAAUAAUCCAUAUAGACAGUAGCAACAAACGACUACAUGUACACUCCUGUACACUAGGUGGCGGUAACUGUAAACUGUUGGUUUAGAAAAUUAAACAAAGAAGAAGAAAACCAAGCCCGUGGAAUUGAAAUUAUUGCUAGCUAGCAGCUGAAGGUCUCGACAUAAUGUCAUUUAAAAGGGAAGGAGAUGACUCCAGUCAAUUAAACAUUCUUAAGAAACGACGUGUUGCAGAUCUCCUGUCAAACUUCAUACCUGAAGAUGAAGCUGCCUUGAUGAAAAAUGGAAGGUACACCUGCUUAGUGUGCUCUUACCGUCCUGUAUUUGACACUGUUGACAUGCUGACGGUCCACAGAAAAGGAAAGAGGCAUCUUGAAGGACUGAAGUGGUUUUAUGGAAAGAAGACAACGUUACAUAAUGAAAUUGAGAAACGUAGGCAUCAGAAUUAUGUUCAAGCUGAAGAAGGAAAGCAGAAUCUUUCUCAGGAAGAAGGGAAAGCUGCUCCUUUACUCACACAGACCCGUAAUAUUACCCAUCAUGCCCUGCUGAAGUCCAUACCCUAUAGCAGCUGCCACAAGAAAAUUAGCUUGAAGUUUGAAAAAGGCUCUACUAGCUCUGGUCUGCAUUGUCAAACUGUCAUCCCUCCCACCAACAAAUCUUCACCACUGAACCAGAUAUCAUGUCCUGAGGUGGUGGGUGCUGUAAUUAAGGAAACCAGAUCAGUCCCGUCUUAUUGUAGCAGUACAAAAGGCCAUCAGACACACCCACAAGCCCUGAAAAAACAGGAAGCAGUCAAGAAAAAGUCAAGGCCCACAAUUACCUUGGACCCAGAACCCAUAUCAGCAGAGAGACGUAGAGAGCUGGAUCACUAUCUCAAACUGAAAAGCUCUGGAUGGCUGCAGGACAGAAGCGGCGGUUGGGUAAAGGAUGAGAACGUGGAAUUUGACUCUGAUGAGGACCAGCCCUCUCCCCUCCCCCCUCUUCCCCACAACACUGAGUCAACAGACGUCCCAGAGCAGGAUCAGCGCUCUCCCAUGACCCCUCAUCCCAAAAGCACAGAGCCUGCCUUUUCCCAACCUGGCAGCCUCCCAGAGGACAGGUGCAAGCGCUGAAGAGAAUCCAUCACCAGAUCUCCGUUUGCUGUUGCCACCUGGAGGAAGGACCACGAGGAUGCUAUUUUCAGCACCCUGUGUUGUUCUUACGCCCCGAGUUAGUUUGCUUUAAAUACCUUCCAUUAGAACUAAGCCCAGGCCAGCUUAUUCUAAAUCAACAGCAGAUAUUCUACUAUUAGUGCUAAUCUUGACGAGAGCUGCCACUGGUUAUUCACGGUAUGGUCAUUCAUACUCCCACAACUGUCCCCUUUGAACAAAUCUAAUUUCCCCAAGGUUUAAAGGGAGUGAGAGGGCUAUAUUUAGAGUGGCUAGUUGAGUCCUAGAAAUUGGAUCUAUGUUUAGCCUAGAUUGCAGCAUGGUGGCAUGGAUUCUGAGUUGCUGCGAAGAGUUUGUCUGGGAGGAUAGUGCCAGUGUUUUCUGUUCAAAGUUCAUUUUGUAUUAUGAAGUGCCUAUAGAAACUAUUUCUGAAACGGUACAUGUAUUGAUAUGUGGAGAUGUUUAAUGUUCAUUGGUUGAAUUUGAUUUGAUGACCGCAGGAUGAUGGAUUAUAAAAUUCUUCACAUGAUCCUCAGGGCUCAGAAUUGCAAAUAUCGAAGUGAUUACUUGAAGGAUGUUUUAUGUACUUAUUUAUGCAAAUGGUUGUUUAUUUAUCUUCAGCAGGUUUCUGUCUUGUUUUUUGUAUAUGCAUAAUAGUCAUGCUUAAAUGAGGGACUGCUUUUAUAUAUAUAUAUAUAUAUAUAUAUAUAUAUACAUGGACCAAAUUUGCAGAGGUGUAUCUAAGAUAUCAGGAUACAGCACUUAAUGGGAAUGUGGGCAAUUAUUAUUCCAAACACUUUCGCUACCAAUCAUUUGUGCCAUCAGUAAUAACCAUUAAAAUAAUGUCCAUAAGCAUUGCUUAUGAUUUCUGGGUGAAGAUUUAAUCUUUCGCUAUACAGUAUGACCUGGGAAACUGAUCAAUGACAGAUCAAAGAUGUGUACAGAGUUACCCGGUCUCUGCAGUUUCAGUCUUCCCAACAUAUUUAUUACAGCAUAAUAAAACCUGUAUCAUCUGUUGUGAAUUAUGCUUUUGGUUGAAAACAAUGUGGGGGCCACUGUGCUAGCAUUGUGUUUGAAGCUGGAAGUCCUGCAGUGUCCUUCAAAUUGGAAUCACCCAUCAGUUUAGCUAUAACUGCCUGUGUGGGAAACAAAACCCUUUCUUGUGGCCAGUAUGCAAAGGAAUUCUGAGUGGGUGAGAUGUCAUUGAACAUACUGUGCAUGUAAUUCUAUUUUUGUCUAUUUAUCCAAUUGUUGAUGAAAGCCAGAAGGGAAAAAUAUGGUGUGUGCCAACACCAGCUGUAGGUCUGGUUCAGCUGAAUGUCAUGAUGGUGUCUGCAGGAGCAGCUCCCCUGGCGCAUUCUGAGGUUGAUCAUUAGAGGAAAUCCACACCAUGCUACGCAGAACAGCGCACUGCUUACAGCUGGUAGGCCCGACUUUCCACUGUAGCUCCAACUCAGUUUUACUUACUGAGUUGAGCUUCAGUUUGAUCCAAAAUGCAUAGAUGGCACACAGUAAGAUUUAUUUGAUAAGGUGAAAGUCCCGAAAGGUUAGCAGCUGUUCUGGAGAGAUCUGUAAAUCUCCAAUUUAGCUUUUCUGGAUGCGGCCUCCUCCACCCGCCUUAUAAAAGCCAGAGUAUUUUGAGCACUUGUAACCCAACCCCCACUGAGUUGGUUUCUUCCGCUGUUUACCCUCCAAGCUGUUGGUAUAAAUAGGCCAGGUGAAGAAGGGGUCUGACAUACCCUUCGUCGUCAUUGUAUAUUUGUGCAGAAAGUGUUUAAGUCACCUAGAGGCACAGAUCUAUAUACAGUUAGCGGUGUAGCAUGUGCCCCAUUUUGGCUGCGUUUAUUUUUCAUCUGUCACCCAGUGUGUCCUGUACUGCACUCUAUGACCAGACCAAUGUAACCUCAAAAUAUUCCACAUUUUCUUUAGUAUAAGAAAUGGCAAUUAUUGAAUAUGAUCCAAACAGUUUGCAUUUCACAAUUCUGAGUUGAUUAAACAAGACUGCAUAAACCAUGAAGAAUUGAAGCAUUUUAUUAAAAUUAUUUACAGAAAAAUGAUUGAUUGACUGAAAUGUAUGAUUAGUACAGAUUUGAAAUUUAGUGCAAAUGUAGGGAUAUUUUGGUGAAAUUUGGUUUUCCAUUCUCCUUUUUGUUAGUCUCGCAUACUACAUAAUAUCAAGAUUUUCCACCCUUCAAUCAAUAACUCCUAGUACAGAUCCCUUCAUUCCAGAUUCAAACAAAAACCAUGACCGAUAGAAUCAGUAUAUUGUUGAAUGGAAAUCUUUGGCCUGGAAAGGAUAACACUGGACCAUGUGAGGAUAGAAAAACAUUAUAUUAAUUGGCACAAAGGGUAACUGGGUUCAUCGUAGUCCUCUGGCAGAGCUGGUGUUGAUUGAGGUUUCAGGCAUGGAGGCAUAAUGUGUUGGAUCUCCAGAGAGCACGGGCUUGGCAGCUCUAAGAUCAUAUGGGCUUCUUUCAUCUUACUCUCUGUUGGCGAACUGGAAGAAACAAUUCUAGACUAAAUGGAUACAUCAGGCAUGCACAAUAGCUUGUCCUUUUGUCUUUCUAUCAAUCACAGAUUAUAAAUAUAACUACAAUUCACUGGUCAAUAAAAUCCACCAAAUACUAAUUAGAUGAGUCAUUUAAUACAAUGCAUGUGUCUUUAAGAUAAAUAUUUGGAAGCCCUGAUGAAUCCACUAUUUAAGUCUCUGAAAAACUACUCUUGUCUCUUUUCCAUUUAGGCAAUGAAUGACAUUGAAUUCACUCAGAAGUGAUUGGAUUGUGCUGUAAUUAGCAGAAAACAGGACAGGCGGUGCCCAGACAGAUGGGCACGGACAUACGGAUGUCGGUGUUUCUGGUGAUGGCCAUGGUUGCCCUGGCGCGGGGGCCCUGCUGGCUGAAGUGGUACCCAAUUCUCACGAUGGCCGGGUUGUUCUCCAGCAUGCUAGCGAUCUCCAUUUCCACAGAGUCUCCUAACUGCUGUCUCUGCAGGCAGAUGAAGGACAGAACCGUGAUAAAACCAGACCUUCUGUGA